GUUUUUCAAAUAAGCCAGCAGCUAGCGGGUUUUUUCCGCGCUGAAAACCGGCGCUCGGCGUUUUUUCCGCGCUCGGCGCUGAGCGUCGAGAGUUGAAAGAGAUUCUACUUUGGGAGAAAAGCUCCGCUCGUCAAUGUCAGUUCUCACACGGCCGCCCAAUCACAGUGGAGCAGGGGCGGGACAUUACCACAGCAACCAACCGGCUCGCAGCUGAAGUAUCACAGCUACCAAAGUGCUCAGCUGAAGAAAGCUGGCACUCAGCUGAAAAACAGCUGGCAUUCGGCGUCCUCAAGGCGUUUUCAGCCGCGUUUAAAAGUUUUGGUGUACACAACCCCUAACCCACAACCCAACCCUAUCUCUAAAUGACACUCAUGUUGUGUGAAAUUUCCUAUCACCCUCACAAUACUAGAGAAAAGCAGUGGAGACAGAUUCUGCAUUACACCAACCGGUCAUCCAAUGAUCAUCAAGUCUCUUUGUCUGGUUUGCGGUGUCUGUUACUGACUAACACACAGAGAUCAGACACUGAAAUACUUUAAUAACUUUACGGCUCAUCUUUAUUAUUCCCUUAACACCAACAUCAACAUGAGGAAGAUCUCUUUACUCUUCCUCAUCUCUUUGUCCAUCAACGGUGUGUUUGGUGAUGAAGUGAAGUCAGUGUCAGUGAUGGAGGGAGAUUCUGUUACUCUACACACUGAUAUUACUGAAAUACAGAGAGAUGAUUUAUUAAAUUGGAUAUUUAAUAAAGACGAUUAUAUAGCUCAAAUAAACAAUAAGGUCAAUUUGAUUUCAAUAUAUGAUGAUGUUCUUGAUGGGAGAUUCAGAGACAGACUGCAGGUGAAUAAUCAGACUGGAGAUCUCACCAUCACAAACAUCACAACUCAACACACUGGAGAUUAUCAUCUAGAGAUCAAUGGAGAAAAGAUUACAGGACAGACAUUCAGUGUUAGUGUAAUUCAUGUUGAUCCAGAUGAGAUGAAGUCAGUGUCAGUGAUGGAGGGAGAUUCUGUUACUCUACACACUGAUGUUCUUGAUAUUAAGAAAUAUGAUGUGAUACAGUGGAGGUUUCAACAUGAAAACUCUCUUCUAGCUGAACUCAACAGAAAAACUGCUUUCUUCUCUACAUUUGAUGAUGUUCAUGAUGGGAGAUUUAAAGGAAGACUGCAGCUGAAUGUUCAGACUGGAUCUCUCACCAUCACAAACAUCAGAAACAAACACGCCGGACUUUAUGAAGUAGAUAUCAGCAACAGCAGUUCACACACCAUACAUCAGUCAAUCACUGUUACUGUCAGUGGUAAAGUGACGACAGUGUCAGUGAUAAAGGGAGAUUGGGUCACUUUAAAGACUAAUACUGAAAUACAGACCUAUGAUCUGAUACAGUGGAUGUUUGCACCUGAUGAUGACACACGGAUAGCUGAAAUAUAUAAAUCAGACAAUACAUUUGCGGUAUAUGAUGGUGCUGAUGGGAGAUUCAGAGACCGACUGAUGCUGAAUAAUCAGACCGGAUAUCUCACUAUCAUAAACAUCAGAACUGAAGAUGCUGGACUUUAUGAACUGAAGAUGAGCAGCAGUAGACGAUCCAUUCAGAGGAGAUUCAGUGUAAAUGUCAGUGAACGAGGUCUGUCUUCAUAUGUUAUAGCUGGAUUAUGUUUUGGUGUCCUCCUGGUUAGUGUUGCUUUAACUGCUGGUGUGUUUUACUGUCGCCAGAGGUUCCCUAAAGCAACAAUAAGAAAAGUGAUGGUGGGACGUUCUGUCCGUCUAAAGACUGAUGUUGAUAACAUAGAGACAGAUGAUGUCAUAGAGUGGAGGUUUAAGCCUGGUCCCUUUCGAAACAACGUCAUAGCUAAAAUCCAGAGGAACAACCUAACCGCUGCUAGUGAUGAGAGAUUGUGCAGGAAUAUGACACUGAACAAAAGGACCGGAUCUCUCUACAUCACAGACAUCACAGCCGAUCACUCUGGAUCUUACGAACUAAAAAUCACCAGCGGUGUAAUAACAUCAUACAAGAGAUUCAAAGUCAUCGUCUCUGAUUUCAUCCCACCGAAAGAUUUAUUGGAGAUAAGCUUUCCUUUGAUGAGUAAAUGGAGUCGAACAGCAGCAGAGUAACACAAACAGCAACAUUACAACAUCAGCGUGAUACUGUAUAUCACUUAUAUGAGCAAUGAAAAACUUUUUCUGUGGACGGUUGAAUGAACAUAGCUGUGAACUGAAGUUAAGACUGUGUCUUAAAAUCUAGUCUGGGCAGUAAGGGCUAAUCAUCCGUCUUACUAUUUGGAUAUAAAUGAUACCAAUCUAUGUAACAUGCUUAAAACACUUUUGGCACUCUGGUAUGAAAUAGAAACGUUUAGAUUGAAUAGAUAUGAAAUGAGGUAAAGAUUUGCAAUAACUCUUUAUUUUAUAUGUUUAACCUUUAAUGUAAAUGUCAGAUUUUAUUUCUAUGUGUAGAUGAAGAUGAAGUGUGCACUGUAUUUAAUAUUUCACUUUCAUAUCUUCAACACCAUUAUAUUUAAAUAUAAGCUUACAUUUCUUGUGAAAUAUAUAAAUAAUAUAUAAGCAAAUAUCUUUUUUCUUUUUUAUUCUGGUUGAUGUUUAAUCCUGAGGUUAUAAACAGUGUGUUUCUCUCCAAAUGUUUACUGUUUACUUACAGUCUACUGUAAAAUAAUUUGGAGUUUUUUUAAGUCCUGUUUUAAAUUUUAAAUGGUAUAAACAACCUAAAUGUACUUGUGACACAUGAGCAAGUUUAGUCUAGCAAGUACAAGUACUUUAUCACAAUGCACAAAACUGUAAACAUAAAAACAUGAAACACUUACAAUUGUAAUGUUUGCUUUCUCCACUCCCUAAAGCAUUUUAGUUUUUUUCAUUUGGGAAACAACAUGGACUAAAAUAAAUGUUCACAUCAAAUGCACUAUAAGUCUUUUGAGAUGAAAUGUAUAAAUCUAAAUGUGUUCAUAUUGUGUGUGCUAUAGGUUAUAAUAAACUGAUUCCCUGUGGUUAAAUUGUAUUUGAAUAGAAGCAGAUUGUUUAGUAGAUUGAUGAGUCAUAUAAAUUCAUUAAUAAUGGUUAUUAUAAUCAAAAGCAAUAAGUGAAUAAAUAAUUGAGCUUGAGAGUAAGAAUUUGUUACAAUUAUGAUGAUUUAUUAUUUCUGAUGAAUGUGUUUUGUGUUUUUGCUCUUGUGUAUAAAGUAUCAUCUCAUAUCA